GUCCCCUUCGGGGUGACAUACGUAAAAAUUGGAACGAUACAGAGAAGAUUAGCAUGGCCCCUGCACAAGGAUGACACGCUUUUCCAGAGUGGUAGACCUACGGGUCUCAAUAUUUAUUGCUUCUUUUUUUGCCCAGAGUAUGUCACAGCGUUUUUUUAG